CCCCGGGCACGCCCACCUGCCGGAAGCGCUGGAGGUGUACCUCAGACCGGGCUGUAUUUUGACGGGAUAGUGGAGGAGGCGGACGGGCGGCGGGGUCAGGGCGGAGGCUGAGGACCAGGUCGGCAUGGCGGAAGGCGGGAGCCCCGAUGGGCCGGGCGGCCCGGGGCCCGCAGGUCCUAAUUUGAAGGAGUGGCUGAGAGAGCAGUUCUGUGACCAUCCAUUGGAGCACUGUGAAGAUACGAGACUCCAUGAUGCAGCCUAUGUAGGGGACCUACAGACCCUCAGGAACCUAUUGCAGGAGGAGAGCUAUCUGAGCCGCAUCAAUGAAAAGUCUGUCUGGUGCUGUGGCUGGUUGCCCUGCACACCACUGAGAAUCGCAGCCACUGCAGGUCAUGGCAACUGUGUGGAUUUCCUCAUACGCAAAGGGGCGGAGGUGGACCUGGUGGAUGUCAAGGGGCAGACCGCCUUGUAUGUGGCUGUAGUGAAUGGGCACCUGGAGAGCACUGAGAUCCUUUUGGAAGCUGGUGCUGACCCCAACGGCAGCCGGCACCACCGUAGCACUCCUGUCUACCAUGCCUCUCGUGUGGGUAGGGAUGACAUCCUGAAGGCUCUUAUCAGGUAUGGGGCUGAUGUUGAUGUCAACCAUCAUCUGACUCCCGACACCCGGCCUCCUUUCUCAAGACGGCUUACCUCCUUGGUGGUCUGUCCUCUGUACAUCAGUGCUGCCUACCAUAACCUUCAGUGCUUUAGGCUGCUCCUACAAGCCGGGGCAAAUCCUGACUUCAAUUGCAAUGGCCCUGUCAACACACAGGAAUUCUACAGAGGCUCUCCUGCGUGUGUCAUGGAUGCUGUCCUGCGCCAUGGCUGUGAGGCAGCCUUUGUAAGCCUGCUGGUAGAAUUUGGAGCCAACCUGAACCUGGUGAAGUGGGAGUCACUGGGCCCAGAGGCAAGAGGCAGAAGAAAGAUGGACCCUGAGGCCUUGAAGGUCUUUAAAGAGGCCAGAAGUAUUCCCAGGACCUUGCUGAGUUUGUGCCGCGUGGCUGUGAGAAGAGCUCUUGGCAAAUACCGAUUACAUCUGGUUCCCUUGCUGCCGCUGCCAGACCCCAUCAAGAAGUUUCUGCUUUAUGAGUAGACUUGAGAUGCAGCGUUGACUGCAGUAAGGAAGCCAGUCUUCUGCAGUGAAAGCUGACACUGACUCUGGCAUCCUGUGAACCAUGUCCUGUGCUGCCAACUUUUCCUUGGCUGUCAGUGAAGAGGAAAUAGCUGUGGUCUCUUGGAUUGUGAUUCCAUCUCAGGUGCUUGGGCCAUCGAACACUCCUUGAGUCAUUGUCAACUGAGAGGCACAUACAAACUUAAUUUUGUUCUUCACUAUCUUUGUCUUGGAUUUUUACCCGUACAUAUUCCUGAAAUGGGCUGUGAAAUGUGUGCAGUGUGGGUUGGGCCUGUUAGCCUGCUGUUAGCCCCAGUGGGGAAUGCUUGUAUUUUCCAGAGCUCUGCUUUUAUUUAUGUUCCUACUUUGCAAUUUAUUAUUCUUUCAAGGCUUGCUAUGCAAACAAAGAGAGUUUUGUUAAAAAAAUACGUAGGAGCAGAGAUGGGGUUCGUGCACUUGCUGGCCUGUUUUCCCGCCCCUGUAUGUUUGUCUGUAUAUGUUUCCAGAUGCAUAUCCCUGCUUACCGCUGCAGCAUUCUCUCUGGAGAGCUGUCUCCAUUCCAAGAUGGUUUCUUGGCUGCAGAUACUGCCUGCUAUCUUAGUGCAUGGAGGUCCCAGCCCAGCGUCCACAGUGCAGCACCUGCUCUGCCGAGGGUUUCCUGAUGUCUCACCCUGGGGAUCCUCAGACAGUGAUUGCCUUUAGGAGGCCUGCUUGGAACCAACCAGUAAGUGACUGCCCACUUUCAGAACAGGGACCAUCCCAAUAGCACUCACUGCCAGUCCUCACAGGAUAAGAUGACACUGGGGUGCUCUCUUCAGACCUCCCGUACAGGAAGUGGGAAAUGUGUCAGUCACCUGGGUGGUUUCAGAUUACAGUGCUUGGUGUUCACCAGACAGGACAUCUGGGUGUUGGUGACUGUUUCUCCCACUUUCUGGCCCAAUGCCUUUGUGGGUACUCCUAGAGCUCUUUCCUUGUCCUGCCCAGGGGUUGUUGGUGGGCGAGAGAGAUGACCUUAUUGCAGGUAUUGUUUAGCUCUUUAGGUGCAGGAGUCCUGUGCAGGUGAGUCAGGAACUGUGGGCUUGAGAAUGCUUAGGUUGCUCCUGUUUCAGUGAAAUCAUCUUUGGUCAUUUUGAAGCCUGUUAGGAUUCUUGUGUGGAUCUGUAUAGACUUGAGAACGUUUAGGGACAAGCAGAUACUAAGUCUGUUUAGGUGUUUGGCCAUAAAAGAAAUCUAACCUGUAAUGAUGCUCUAUAGUUGUACCAUUAUGUGUUGUAGCUGACCAGACAGUGAUGGCCUUUGUAUUCUGUGAAUGGAGUUCCAAACCCCCAUCCCAAGAGGGCCCUGUGCAGUGGCACCAAGCUGGCCCAAAUGCACUCCAUGGAGCUUUGAUAGGCCUUGCCCAGCCCUGGCCAGUGAGUACUGGGCCAGAGCCUGUUCCUGUCUCUCACAGCUGUUCUGCAGGUGGCCCAGGCCCACAGCUCUUCACUUGGACAUGAGCAGCUUCCCCUCUGCUAGAUUUUUCAUAAUCCCCGCACUGUGAGGUCUCUGCUUGUUCAAAACUUCCAGCUGGCAAACCUGAAUGUGACAUAGCAUUGCAACUCACUGAGGACAUUUUCCUUGUCUCCAGUAGCACUACAAAAGCUCUGCAUUUCAUUGCUAGCAAAGAUGAGGUCAGGGUAGGAAAGAGCAGCACUCUCCCGUGAGCACCCCGGGCUCAGGAGAGGCACCAUUGGAAGCUGAUGUGGCUUUAGUGAGCAGACUUCUGAGCUGUAUUUUCCUGUACCCUCCCUAGCAUGGAAAUGUGGUAGGCCUGAGCUGGUCCUAGCAGAGGAGCUCAGCAGGCCCAAGGGAAGGAGCCUGAAGGCUGUCCCAGCUCACCCAGGGAGUGUCUGUGUGAUUGUUGCUAUUCCAGGGGUGGCCACUUGAUUUGAACAGAGGCUUGAACAUCGAAUCUUGGCCAGGCAGGUUGGUAUGGAGCCAUUGCUGAUUCCUCAAAAUUUAUCUUUGCAGUAUUGGGUUUUUAGACAUAGUUCCAAAAACCUACAAAUGUCAUAUACGUUGUAGCUGUUAUACUUGUGCUCUAUAGUUGUGCUUCUCAUUUAUUUAUUUAUUUAUUUAUUUAUUUAUUAUUUAUGCUCUUCUAUAAGAGGGCUUAAGGUGGAGAUUCUUGUUUUGUUUUGACAUUAGGUAAAUUUAGGCAAAAAUACUAGUUAGGUAGAUUAUUAGCAGUUUUCAAAUGUCAGGCUUAAGGGUCAUCAUUUCAAAGUUUUCCCUUUUUCAUGAAUGAUUUUAAAAAAAUUAUUUCUUUCUGUUUUAUGUGCAUUGGUGGUUUGCCUGCAUGUAUGUCUGUGUGAGGGUAUCAGAUUCUUGGGCUACAGACAGUUGUCAGCUGGCAUGUGGGUGCUGGGAUUUGAACUCGCAUCCCCUGAAAGAACAGUCAUGAAGGAUUUCUGACUGUGGGCCUGAGUGGAGGGAAAUAUGCCCGAGCCACCCUGACCUUUGCUCAGCCAGUUCCUGGAGAAGUGAAGGAGGCUCCACUGUAGACCGGGAAAGCGCUUCCUGCUGUGCCGUGCAGGAGACCCGCUGAGCCUGAGAGAGCUGACAGGCAGCAAACACUUUGGGAGUGGUGUCUGUCCUGUGGGAACUGCUUCUUAGUGAAAGUGCGCUUGUGGAGCUAACAGUGCAGAGAGCCCCUGGUCUGGAGGUGUGGGCUCUUUCUGCUGACCUUGUGGGACAGUUGGAUCAUUGCAGCGUCAGUGGAGAGCCAUGCAGGCGAAGGGUAAGUACAGCAUGCAAUACUUGAAGCCACAUUUUCUCAGCUGACUGGAUUGUCUUUUAUUCUUCGGUCAUGUCCUUCCUGAGAAACAACAGAAUGUGUGCUUGAAGUGAUGGUGUGGGGCUGUGUCUUUGCAUUUAAAACACUCUUGAUUGCAGUCCACAGCACUCCCACCGCCUACUCCAUGUUUGCUUGUUGCUGAAAUCCUGGCACAAUCUGGCUGUAGUGAAAGUUACAUAUUAAUGAAAUUUUGGGUUCUAAGGUAGCUUACAUGGUGGGGAAAGGCACUGCAGCCUUCCUGCUGCGUGGGUCCAAGAGUAAUCUCUGGGAUAACUGUAUGGCCUGGGAAGUCUAGACACACUGUUGAUGGGCCUCUGUACCUCAGAUCCAUGAGGCUGCCCAUAGGAAGCCAGUGUGGCCUUUUUGGUAAGGCUUGCUUGGCCCUCGCUGAGGCCUUUGGAACUAGUGGUACCUAGGGGGCUGGUGAUGGCACCAGUGGUGGUCUGCUUCUUCCUUUGUCUCCUUGAUGCUUGGCACUUGGAGGCUAAUCCUGACCUACAGGGGUCUAAUGACCUUCCAUCAGCACAGAGUGAUUCCUGGAAGUGCCUCUUAACUUGGGAGUUUCUUUCUCUCCCUUGCUCAUUUUCACCUCACUGUUCUUCGUCCCAUACUCCCUUGCUGGACAGUGAAGUAGCAGGUACACGAACAUAGCCAGUUAGGGAUUCUUAGUCAUCCCAGGAGAGUCCCACAGACAGGAACAUGCAAGCUUUGGUUGUGGAGUAUUUACUGUACACUGUAGCCUGCCAAAGCCUUAUGACGUGAGGAGGGGUGCAGGGGAACUUCUAUCGCCUUAACAUGUACUUGACACUCAGUGCAGAGGUGCAUGGAGCUUUUUUCAGCACUGGGGACGGAACCAGACCUGGGCAUGUAAAGCGAGUACUGCACUGAGCUCUGUCUUUAGAAUCUCUGCUUCUUAGGUACAGCAAGCAAUGGAAGGGUGUUUGUGACUGAUUUGAGGUUGGAAUGUGUGAACUAAGCUGUCGUGGACACAGUGUGACUUGCUUCUGGCAUCUCGCCAGCAGCUACCUGCUCUCCCCUCAGUGUCUACACAGCUCCCACUGUUUCUGUUGGGCUUGUGUAGUGUACCAUGCAGUGGGGCUGUGUGCUUGUGCAGAAGACAUGCUCACUGCAGCCCCUAUUUCCUGUUUGGGGAUGAGUGAGUGCUUGCUCCAAAUGGCCUGACUGACUGUUUUUGCCCUUGUGCCUCGUUAAGAGCUUUUAAAAGUGCAAUGACAUUUUUGAUACAUUGUUAUAAUAAAUGCUUUAUUGCCCUCUAAUUUCCCUCCCAAAUGCCUUAAUUUUAUGGCCUGUGUCUCACCGGGUAGACGCUUCCUCCAUGUGUAGUCUUUCAUUUACAUUUAGGUGUUCAUUCAUUCAUUCAUUCAUUCAUCCAUUGUGUAUGAAAUGUGUGUUCAUGUGUAUAUGUACGCCCAUGUAAGCUAUGGUGUGGAUGUGAGAUCAAAUGACGUUUGGGAGUUGGUUCUCUCCUUCUACCAUGUGCUUCCAGGGAUUGAACUCAGGGAGUCAUAUGGUAGAAAGUGCCUUCGCCCUCUGAGCCAUCUUACCGGUCCCUGUAUGCAGUUGUGUGCAUAGUUCAAGUGGAAGGGACUGGCUCGUGGCUAGUUUGCUGUGACUGGAGAGAAGCAGGACUUUACAGCUGUUCAAGGUUCUUGGAGCUGCAGGGGACCCCACCCAUAAUGUAGCCCAGGAUUAAACUAACAGCCUGUUUCACCUAGCAGCUCUGCUUCCUGGAUUGAAGAGAGUUGUAUCACAGCUUUCCAGCCAGCAGCACUGCACAGCAUCCGUGGUGUGGGGACGUGAUGAACACUUCCAUUUCUGCCCCAUGUUAUAUGUGACUUAUUUUGCCAGUUUGAGGGUAAAGAUGUGGCAAUUUGGGAUAAACCUGGAGCGAAUGAACUAAAUAAAGGUAUUUCUUCGUAUUGA